UACUUGUAUGUAUAAAACCUCUAGUAAGAUUUAUUUGCUACUGUCUUAUUGAAGUUUUAUUAUCUGCUUUCUGUAUGUUAUUGAAGUUUUAUGAAAGAGCGCUCCAUAAAUAAUGUACCAGUCAGUGUGUCAGUCAAACUACACAAAAUACACCUAUACAAGCACGAUACGCAUGCACACACACACGCCUUUACACAACCAUUUCGCAGGUGUCUACAUAGAUAGAACAACUUCGGAACAACCUGCGUUGUAGUGUGUUGUAGGUCAGUGUAAAAUAAAGGGGAAAGGCAAAGACGUUCUGUUUCUGAUAUGUUUUGAAUAAAAUGUCUGCUUAUUACGACCAAAGGAAGGACUAUUUACAUUACAAUAAUAACCAUUCUCGGAUUACUUCGGGUCCUGAAACUUACCAUGCAUUAUCACCUGUUACUGUACAACAUUUAGCCAGAGAAUGGAUUAAAGAAGAUUCGCCAAAUUUUGAUUUCGGUGGGUUCGUAGUUGGGGAGAAAAAUGUAACCGCUGCCUUGAUCAUGAGACAGGCUGGUGUUUUGGCAGGAAGACCAUUUAUAGAUGCUGUAUUUAAAGAGCUGGAGUGUGAAAUUGAAUGGCUUUAUCCGGAAGGAACAUACCUGAAUCCAGUCCAAACAGUUGCGAUUAUCAAAGGCAGAGUACGGUGCUUGUUGCUCGGAGAACGUGUAGCCCUCAACUGUGCGUGCAGGGCAAGUGGACUAGCGACUUUGGCCCGCAAAUUGGCCCUGAAAGCUGAAGGGGUUGGCUGGAAAGGGAAACUGGCUGAUACACGCAGAACUACUCCGGGAUUCCGUCUAGUAGAGAAGUAUUCUCUUCUUGUUGGGGGUUUAGCAACCCACAGGUACGAUUUAUCUUCUAUGAUUAUCUUGCGAGACAACCAUAUAUGGACUGCAGGAAGUAUCCAAAAGGCUGUGAAAGAUGCUAAGCUUGUUAGUGGGUUUUCCAUGAAAAUUGAAGUAGAAUGCAGAAAUCUUGAAGAUGCUUUAGAAGCAGCUAAUGCUGGUUGUGAUGUUAUAUUAUUUGAAAACCCAACAGCAGAGGUUGCUAAAAAAUAUGCUGAAAGUUUGAAACAACGUUUCCCUGAUGUAAUGAUAGAAAUCAGUGGUGACAUUCCCGAAGAUUUGUUGGUAGACUACUGCAGUGAUUACAUAGAUGUGAUUUCUUUAAAUCAACUAACAAUGGGAUAUUCACCAGUAAAUUUCACUAUGAAAAUGACAAAAUCAACAAAACUCUCCAUCAAUCAAAAUUAUCUUUGAUUGUGGCUUUAAAAGCAACACAAAAGGUCAGUAGAAGAAAGAUUAGUUGAUGAAAGAGAAACAGAAAAUUAAAAAGAAAAAAAAGAAAACUGAUUGUUUAUUAGAGAAACACAUUCUGAAAAAACGUUGCAUAAAAUUUU